AUGGAGAUAGCUCUAGGAGCAACUUCGCUGUUGCUGCAGCUCUUCGCAGCGGCCAUCGAAGGUUAUGAUCUGUUUCAAAGUGCAGCGAAUGCAAAUCAGGAGGUCAAGACGUUUGUUUUACGUCUCAAGAUGGAGCAGUGCAGACUUGCAAGAUGGGGGGAACUGAUUGGACUUUCCGGGAUUAUGGAUCCGCCAGUAUACACUCGUCAUGUCAGGAUACACGAGCAAUUGAUAAUCGAAACCCUGAAGGAGAUCAGAACAGUGCUGGACAAUCUGCGUCAACUGGCAAACAUCCAUGACACUACAUCACCACAGAAGGUCGUGUCCGAAGUAGAUACAAGCAAUGCACGCUCAUCUGACAUCUCCGGACCACUGGAACAGUCAUCCGCUGUCCGCGAAAUUUACGGUGAGCUCACAAAGGGUGUGGACCUUGAGAAUAUGCCUUCGACUUCUUCCCGGUACGCCAGAGGUCUGAAUCAUCUCGUUCGAUUCGCGAAUGAGGGGCGCAUCAUAUCCAAAGAGCCAAAGAGACUGUCCUGGGCCAUGAAGGACCAGGACCGAUUUCGUAAGGGGUUGGACAGACUCAGGCAUCUUACAAACCACUUGCACGAGACAGUAUCAGACGACCAGAUGGACCAACUGCUUUGGCAAAACCACGAAACUUGGUUGUCCGUUCUCCAGCUCAGCAACACCGCGGAUGAUGUGAAGGCUAUGCUUACUGCCUUGCGUGAGACGAGCCGCCAUGAUACAGCUUUAGUGAGCAGGGACAACAAACUCGAGUCACAUCUCCACACUACGAUCGACAACGUCGCCUCAUUCGCCUUCAAAAUGAGCUCACUUGGAAGGACAAAGUCGAUGCUCUUGGGUGAUCACAAUAUGCUUGGUCUGCAACAGAUGUCGGAAGAAGACGACGGUUGUCGAACGCUAGCGAUCCUCGACGAUAAGCCCGUCUGGAUUGAAUGGAGAAGUUAUACGACCAUCCCAGUUUUGGGCGCGCUGGGUGCUCCCGAGCCUGGUUUUGAUCCCGAUCUUCAAAGCGUCCAGAAUGUUGAGAGAUUGACUUGGUUGCUGAGCCAGCCGAAUCAACCUGACGAGUUCCGUCUACCUAACUGUUUAGGAUACGUUGACGACUUCGACCGACUUCGCUUCGGAGUCGUCUUGCACUCGAUGUCCAGUACCUCUCGGUCUCUCCUCUCCUGGUUCGAUGAGCCCCGAAUUGGUGUCGGUGGUCAAUGUAUGAUCGCUCGUCAGCUCGCGGAGAGCUUGUUAUAUGUGCACGCUGUCAAUUGGCUCCAUAAAGGGCUUCGAAGUGCUGGCAUAUUGUUUGAGAAAUCUGCAGUCAACUCAGUUGAGGACUUCGGUCGAUUGCUAGUGUCAGGUUUCGGUUUCUCCAGACCGUCCGAUCACUCCUUCACGACAAGCGGACCUCCGCGCGAUACCAAGUGGUCGCUCUACUGCGAUCCGGGUUAUCUUGAUCUAAACAGGAAGAAAGGCUAUCGCAAGUCAUACGACAUCUAUAGUCUUGGUAUCAUCUUGAUCGAGAUCGCCCAUUGGAAGCCCAUUGACAAGAUCCUACAGUCGCUACACUCUGGCCGAGAUUCUGCAUUAGGCGAGCAAGGACAAGAUGAUCGCGUGCGCAUCAUCGAGAGCGGCACAGUACUCAGACAGGUUCGCAAAAACAUGGGCAAGAGGUAUGCGGACGCUACUAGAGCUUGCAUCCAAGGAGUGACGGCUUUCGGUUUGCAGGAUGGCGUCGAUGAGUCCAACCCUUAUGUGGCUGCUUUGCUGCAACAAGCUUUCAUUCAGGUUGUGGUUGAGCCUUUGAAGGGUAUAGUUGUUUAAUCACUAAUGAUUUCGAUGGCAUGGUGAAGCUCAAGUUGAUGGCCAGAAAUCAGAAAUUGGGAUUCGUUGAGCUCGCAGGUUGAGCUUCCUUGUUUAGAACCCGUCGAAGCAUCAUGUGUUCUUAACGCUAAGC